GUUAUACUUCCAGCUCCUCACUCAGUGUGUUUCUGUACCGUACCGAAACAGGCGGUAUACGGCGAAGCGAGUUUAGUGGGUUAGCGAGCUGUGCUGAGUUGAAAGCCGGGCUUUUCUGUUCAGCGAAGGUAGCACUCCUUUAAAGCAGCUCUAUCACCAUGGUAACUGAGGCUAACCCCAAAACCUGGUUGGGACAAAGGCAUGUCCGAGCUUUCAUCUUAAAAUCAGCUAUGAAAGUGCCACUGUUGUAGCCUACUGUUCAACUAGUUCGGAGAUGGCGUCACCAUUUAGAGAACAUACGAGGUUCCGGAGGGGACGUGGAGAAAAAACAUUGAACAAAAAAGCAUUCCCUGAUUGUAUUAUCCAUAUAUAAGCGAGAUAGAUGCUCAGACGAGCACCAGUAAUUUAGUGCAAUAUUAAAUAUUAAUAAUUAGGGCAACAUGAGCAGACGUACACCGAAGUCCUUGCGUGAGUACUCACGUCAACACUACCAUUUAGUGGUCACAACGAGAUACAACAAGAAGACAUACUGCAAAGAUUUAAAAAAAAAAAAGCUUUUUGCUCCAAUUUAUUUAUUUUAUAAAUGGACAAGUGUUACAAUGUCAAAGUUGUGCAAUGUUGAGCAUUCAUAAAUGAAAAGACUAGUAGGGUAUAUCGAGGGAAAGGCUUCUUGAGACGUCAUCUGUACUUCUGUGAAGAAGGUGUCGGACGUUUCGCUCCUCAUCCGAAGAGCUUCGUCUGCGAACUAAUAAGUGCUGGUAGCCUUGGCCUUAAGUACAGCCCAGAGUGGGCUGUACUCUGGGACAACUCCUGUACGACUGAGAGCCUACACAGACUCUAGUAGGGUAUAGUUUGUAUAAUAAAUCAGUGUUAACUUGCCCAUUACAUGCUCAGCAUUAUUCUGUCAUCCUGGCAUUUUAUCCAUUCUCUAUUGGCGGUGACGGUGUUGCUUUUAGCAGUCAUAAUCUGUUGGAAACUCCUUGUAAUGCUCCAUAAAAAUUAGCUGCUCAUUUUUUGUAAAAUACACAGGCUGGGAUCGCUUCACUUUUCAGCUGAAGGAGAAUAAUAUGACGUCAAAUGGCCACUUGAUGUGAACGUUCACUUAGCACAAAGCCGAAAACCGGACAUGACAAAAGUACUGAUGACACAUUUAAGUGAGGACAUGGCCAGUGAAGAUGUGAACGAUGUGAAGUUCUUGCUGAGCACCAUCUUACCGCGUGAGAAGACGGAACAAGCAAAGAACUUGCUGGACCUUGUUAUAGAACUAGAGCACCUGGAUAAAAUUUCAUCCAAAAGAGUGGACUUUCUGGAGGAAUGUUUUGUACACAUUGGCAGGGUUGACCUUGCCAAGAAACUGAAUGUGUAUAAGAUGUCAGUAAACACACCUGUGUCUGAACAUCAAGCGCACCGGUCCUGCCAAAGUCCUGUAAACAAGUACCAAUUUACCAGUGAACCCAGAGGAGUGUGCAUCAUCAUAGACUGCGUGGGCAAUGAUGGAGAAAUGCUGAAACACACAUUUAAGUCGCUUCACUUCAGCGUGACCUUGCACAAAUGGCUCAGUGUUGCUGAGACCGUUUCAGUGCUCAGGGGGACAUUCCAAGGAAGUGAAGACGACAACAGUGAUGGCUUCGUCUGCUGCAUCAUUAGCCGUGGCACUGCCACUCAUCUCCUGGCCACAGAUUCGUAUGGUGAAGGGCUCCGGCUUGAAGGGCUGCGGCGUCAUUUUGGCGGGGACAUGUGUUCCGUACUGGUCGGCAAGCCCAAACUCUUUUUCAUCCAGAGGUACAGUGUCCCGGAGUCUCAGCAUUGUGCCGGAGUGGACCGUCGGGACGAGGAUUUGGAAACAGAUGGGGGCGGUGUUCGAUUGAGUCCCGAUUGUAUCCCGUCAGAUGCAGAUGUGCUCUGGAGUCACUGUUGGACUGGAGAACACCAACUGCAGCAAGGACAACAUCGCUCCAUUUACCUAAAGGCUUUGACAGAUGCCUUGCACAGAGGCCAGGAGAGGAGCAGGCAUCUGCUUGAUCUUCACGUGGAGGUGAAUGGAGCAAUCUUUGAACACAACAGCAGGUAUCCUGGGGAAGAGUACCACAUUGAUUUGAAGCACACUUUAAGAAAAGAGCUUUUCUUGUAGACUUGAACUACUCACUCACUUCAUCACUGUUAGGCAGCUUUGCAGACAUUCAUUCAUUUUCUGUAUAGCUUCUCCUGUUCAUGGUCACAGGAAAUGGAAGCUAACUACCUCAGCUGACCUAGGGCAGGAGGCGUAGUAUACCCGAGACCAGGGGUGGGCAAACUUUUUCACUUGCGGGCCAUCUUGGGUUAAAACAUUUGGCGGAGGGGCCGUCUAUGUAUAUAUAAGUGGCAUCAAGUAGAACGACAUACUUGCUCACGGGGCAAUGAAACAAAAACAACACAUCCACAGCAAGUUAACACGCAACAUAAACCAACAACUAAACGUAAAACAUAAAACGGAACUUAAAAGUGUUAUGCCUGCAAGACAUGCUGGGUAGUCCAGCUGCAACAGCAAUAUGAACCAUGAACAAUCAAACAUUGGCUAUCAAGAGUAUGUUAACUCCUUGUUUAAUUCUGACAACAUCCGCAACAUAUUUUGCAAUCUAGCAAAAAUGCGACCAACACAGCAAAAUGUUGGGAGAAAGAGUACCACAAGCAACCCAGCAUGCCGUGCGGCAGCAAAAAUGGGUGGUUUUUUUUUUUUUUUUGCAUGGGUACUGCGUGUAGAUAUUUGUUUGUAUGCCCACAUGGUGCAGUAGGUAGGUUACUUUGUGCGUUGUGUGUUGUAUGUGUUGGUGUGUUGUGUUGUUUUGAUGGCUUUUUAAAAAAAAAAAAUU